CAAAUCCCGGCCCCGCCGCUGCCGCGCCGUCGCAGCCCGGGUCUCUCCCCGCCCCUGCACCCUUGCCCUGCCCGCUGGGACCAUGGCGCUUGCGCUGCUGCUGCCGGCGGCGCUGCUGCUCCUGCUCCUCUACCUGGGCUUCGUGCGCUGCUUCACCGUCGCCCCCAGCGCCGUCUUCCAGUGCCGGGAGCGGGCCGGGGCCGCUGGGUCCCAGCCCCCGCGUGACGCAUGGGGCCCCCGGCUCUCUGGCCAGCCCCUGCGGCUGCUUGUCCACCUGGCUAACACGGCUUUCGGGCAGUUCUGUUUAGUACCGUUUUUAAUGAGGCAGAAUAACCUGUUUCUCCUGCGCUAUCUCCACAUUUAUGAAGAUCCCACGUUUUUCCCAGAGGUGGCUGCAGAGGCUAAAAAGGACAAGCCUGAGACUAAAAGCACUGCUGAGAUUCUCGAGCAGUUGAUGGAGAUGAGGUCUCAUUCUGCCACCUCUGGAUUCAGCUUCAGGGAGAUCCUGGACUACCUCAACUCCUACCGGACCAGGGAGCUGACGCCAACACGGAUUGCAGAGAACAUUAUUUCCUUGCUGGAGGAUUGUGAAAAAUCCAGCCCCCCGCUUCGAGCAAUUGUGCAGUGGGACAAGCAGCAGAUUCGGAUGAUGGCUGAGGCCUCUACCACUCGCUACAGAAAUAAAUGUCCUCUGUCUCUUCUGGAUGGUAUCCCAGUCUGUCUGAAAGAAGAGAUUAAGGUGGUGCCUUAUCAUCAUCGAUCGGGAACGGCAUAUCUGGGGACAGAGCCUGAGACUGAGGAUGCUACGCUGACCAGGAAGCUGCGGGAGGCUGGAGCUGUCAUAAUUGGGGUCUCAAACAUGCACGAACUGGGGACUGGAACCACUGGCUGUAAUCCCGGCAGGUUUCAUGGCACCACUCGAAACCCAUAUAACCCCAACUACUUCACUGGUGGCAGCUCCAGUGGGUCAGCAGCUGCAGUAGCUGCAGGUCUUUGCCCUUUGUCUAUCGGCAGUGAUGGAGGUGGCUCUGUGAGGAUUCCUGCUUCUUUUUGUGGCGUUGUGGGGCUGAAAGGUACAUUUGGAUGUUUCAGUGCUUACGGUUCCCAUCCACUGUCCUACUCCACGGUCAGCCUCGGCCCUAUUUGUGCGUCAGUGACAGAUGCAGCCAUUGCAUACAGCAUCUUAGCGGCACCAGACCCCCUGUACCCCUAUGGAUUGAACCAGCCGAAACCAUCCCUGUCAGAUGUACUCACCCCUGACCUGAAGGGCUUAAAGCUGGGAGUGGACUGGACUUUCUUUAAGGCUUGCGAUGCAGAGAUCUUGGCAGUCUGCCAGAAAGCUGUGGAGCAUCUGCAGGCCCUGGGUGCCACGGUGGUGGAAGUGUCCCUGCUGGAGAUGGAGGAGGUGCGGGUGGCACAUCUGAUCUGUAUUCUCAGCGAGAUGAGGGACUUCCUGCAGCCUGACUUCAACCACCACUUCCAGGACAUGAACCUGGAGACACGGGCCAACCUUGCCUUGGCUUCCAAAUUCACUGCUCUGGAUUACAUUAAGGCAAACCGGCAGAGGAGCCGGAACAUGCGCUUUUUGAAAGAAAUUUUUGCCACCGUGAACUGCAUCCUCACCCCAGCCACGGCCUGCACUGCCCCUAAAAUCCAUGAGACUGACCUUGAGACUGGGAACAGUGAUAUUCUAACAACUAUCCGGACCAUAAGAUACAUGCAGCUGGCCAACUUCACAGGCAUUCCAGGCCUGGUAGUUCCAGUCGGGUACACGGCUGCUGGGCUUCCCAUCAACUUCCAGGUCAUGGCAAAGUGGUGGGACGAGGCAGUUCUCCUCCGUGUGGGGCUGAAGCUGGAGCAGUUCCGAGGCGCGACCAGGAAGCCAGCCAUUUAUUAUGAUGUCUUUGCCUAACUGUAGGACCAGAAUUGGAGAGGCUUUGCUUUCCUUGGUCUGGUGUUCAUGGGAGUGGAGGAAAAAGGGUGGGGGGGGGGGAGUUUCUGCUUUCACAAGGGAUCUGAACAAGGGGCUGCAGUAGGGUGGGAUGCAUUGUGGAACUUUCCUAUCCAAGUUUUGCUCUGGGGUAUGAGGGUACUGAACAGACAGCAGUCUGUGUAUAAAUCUAGGGCUGAUAGGCAGGAGCAGGGCCCAUCCUUGUUUCUGCAGUAAAGCAAGGCUUCAGGGCUUAGGCCAAUAGGACCAACCAUUCUCUGCUUUCCUAUUCCUGCUCCUAUAUCAUACAUGUAAUUCCCCCUGAGUUCUGGGUCUCUUCACUGUGCCAUUGGUGUGGGAGCCCCUCUCCCAACAAGGUUUGGGCACUGGGGCUGCUUCCUCCUUGGCUCAACUGAUGAAAGUCUGCCUUACCAUCUAUGCCUGUCACACUGGAAAUGAGGCUGAGGUAUCUGCAGAGGGCACAGCCUAAUGUAGGGGACAUCUAGCUCAUUCUCUCUCUUGGGGCCUGUUGAGAGCGUUGCUCUGUUUGAAUAGAGCGAAUCCAUCUAGUGUCAAGGGCUGAAAGCGAUCACUACAAUACCUUUAAAAAAGCACCCCCUCUGCCCCUUGUUGGAGGACCAGCUAGGAGGAAACUAUAUUGCUUUUGGCCUCAGACCUAGCCCUCCCUGGUGGUUAAUAGUGCAACAUAGUGUUUGAGACUGAAGAGCAUCAGCAGCAGAAGUCCCAGCUGUUAGCUCAGCUAGGUCAAACCUGGGUAAAAAAUAUUUCUUCUGGGGAGAUGUUCGAUCUGAUGUGGAUUUGCUUUAUAGAGAAGGCUCUCCCUUCGUUAUCCAUACCCCCAAAAAGGAGUAAGAUGUAUUUAGGCAUGUUUUCUGUGAGAUCCUUGGUUUCUUCUGUGACUUGACACAUCAGCUUCAGUUUUAGGGGGACCAUCCACAUGCUGUAACUUAUUCACAAGGGAGGGAACUGGCCAGUAGAACUGAAGUGUGGCCCUUAGCACAGGGUGGGGGGUGUUGCAGCUAGAUGUGCAGGACUGUCAGAAACGAACAUGCGGGUACAUCUUAACUACAGCACAAUGUGAGACAGAAGCGACAGAGCAAGCCAUCUCUAUUCCCUUCCCUGCACCUGCUUCUGCCAAGGAAUUUUGCUGGGGGGAAAAUCAAGACUCCAAAAAUGGUACUAGGCUGGGAGAAGAGAUGCCAUCCUGUAUUGCUUCAAAAAAUGCAAAGUAAACUGCCUUGAAGUCUGCACUUACUGCUCCCGUUUCCAUACAGGAACUGGGCAUUAGAAAGGUCUUAAUGCCACAGGCUACAAGGAAACCUUCAGGUCUCAAGUGGCAAUGUUUUCUGCCUCACUAGAGGGGCCUGAGGCUGCUGUGUAUCUGCUUUGUAACUUGUUCUUUUCCCCGUGCCUCUGAGAUACAAGGAGUGAGACCCAUGUAAGCAUGUCUUCCAUCUCUGGUUUCUGCUUGCCCCUUUAUUUCUUCUCUAAUAGGAAAUUUGUACCUUUUGGUUUCAGUGUGUGAAGUGCUGUAACUUGCUCACAAGGAGGGGUACAAGGCUUAGUUCAGCCACUUUGCUAGGCUUUUUCUUGUUCUGGCAAUAAACCAAAUUUGGUGCUAUGAUUUCUGCCUGAAGAGAAUAGGGUCCAGCUUUUCAAAAGUACUUGAGCAUCUGUUUCCUAGUAUGGUAGGUGUCCAGGUUCCCUUUUUAAAAUAUGGCCCUAAGCUGUUUGGGUAUCGUGUUUGGUAACUGAGGGUGAACUUUCCCUUUUAUUAGUGUAAUUCCUUGGGUCAUAAACUUGCUCCAUUAUUACCUUGAAAGCAUUUAGAAAUACCUUGUCACAUCUACCACAGAAGCUGCCACUGUGGUUGAGAAUUACCAGCCUCAUGUUAACCAGAACAGGAAAGGCAGCUGGAUCUAAAUUUCUUGGAAAUACAUGUGUAUCUUAUGCUUUUCAUUUUUAAGCAGAAGCAAUCCUAGGCACAGGGUUAUCCCAUAGCAUUUACACACCAUCCAACCCCAAACCCCUUCUCUGUUCCACUAUAUGUUCCUCUAGUGUCAGUUCCUGCUCCCCCAGCAGCCAGUCAUGUUGGUUUCCACACUUUUUUUUUAAGGAUGCUUCCUAGUUUUUUACUGAAAGUACCUAGGCUCAGGUAUUGGGAUCAAGCUCUAGUAAUUCUUUUGCAGAGCUAAGUGUUCCAAAUAUAUACCAAAAAAAAAGCAGCACUUGUUUCUGAUGUAGGAUUAAUGUGUAUAUAUAGGUUGCUGUGAAGAAGCCCCUUGUAAAGAAGUCACCAGCACGUUGGUUUGUUCAGAAGGCUACUAGGAGAUAUUACUUAAGUGCAAUACUUUGGCACAAUUGCAGUUGCAUUUUCAGGUUAAAUAAAUAAUUUCUCUCUUC